AUGGUCAAGGUUCUCCUCACUGGUGGUUCGGGCUUCAUCGCCGCUCAUACCCUAGAGCAGCUUCUUGAGAAGGAUUACAGCAUCGUCACAACUGUCCGUUCAGAGGACAAAGCUCAGAAGAUCCGCAACGCAUUCCCUGACAAGGUCAAGGAUGGCAAGUUGGAAAUUGUCAUUGUGCCCGAUAUUGCAAAGCCCGAAGCCUUUGAUCAAGUGGCCAAGACUCCCGGUCUCGAGGCCGUUGUUCACGUUGCAAGCCCCUUUCACUUCAACAUUACCGACCCCAAGAAGGACCUUAUAGAUCCAGCUGUCAUUGGUACAACGGGUAUCCUUAAGGCCCUUCAUGCCUCGGCACCCAAAGUCAAGCGCGUCGUCAUCACCUCAUCAUUCGCUGCCAUCAUCGACGAGGCCAAAUUUACAGAUGGAUCCCACGUAUUCUCCGAAAAGACAUGGAACCCCGUCACCAUUGACGAUAUCACUCGUUCCGACACAACUGCUUACCGCGCUUCAAAGACUCUCGCUGAACGUGCAGCCUGGGACUUUGUCGCCGAGAAGAAGCCCUCUUUCGAUCUUGUGACGGUUUGCCCGCCCCUGGUUCUGGGUCCUGUAUCAAAGCACCUUGCUACUUUGGAGAGCAUCAACACGUCCAACGAACGUAUCGUAAAGCUUUUGCAAGGCGGUUGGAAGGAAGAGAUUCCUCCCUGUACCCCCGUUCCUCUCUGGAUUGAUGUGCGAGAUGCUGCGCGUGCACACGUUCGAGGUCUUGAGGAGCCCAGAGCUGGGGGGAAGCGACUCUUCACCACGGCUGGAUUAUUCUCGCACCGCCAAAUCGUCGACAUCAUUGCUAAAAAAUUCCCCGAGUUCAAGGAUAGGCUCCCUGGACCUGAAGUUAAGGGCGGAGAACUUCCUCCUAAGGACCGGAUUUUUGGAAUAGAUAACAAGGAGACAAGCGAGUUGCUCAAAAUUGACUGGAUUACCGUUGAGAAGAGUAUGACGGAUCUUGUUCAGUCACUCAAGGAGAUUGGCAUCUAA